GUCCUUCUACAAACCCCAAACUUUGCACCCAGGCAGCCACCCUGCCCUGUGAGAUCCCUGCUGGACCUCUCCAACCACUGCUGGACCCUUACCUGGUGCAGAGCUCCUGGUGGUGAAUGAUGGCUCUGAGCUCCAGGGCUCAUGCCUUCUCAGUGGAAUCAUUGGUGGGGAAUUCUCAGAAAAGAAAACUCCAGGACAGCAAAGAAGAGGAAGAUAAUAAGUCUGGAGACCCUAAAAAAAGAGUGAAGGAGCCCUUGGGGACCCCAAGGAAUGAUGAGACUGUGGUGAACAGACCCAGAUCGGUAGCAGAACCAGACAGGAUUUCCCCGGAUCCUAGCAGUGUCAGCCCGGACUGUGUGCAGCUCGAACUACAGGGAGCCGAACUCUGGAGGAGAUUCCACGAAAUCGGUACCGAAAUGAUCAUCACCAAGGCUGGGAGGAGAAUGUUCCCCUCUGUCCGAGUGAAAGUGAAAGGCCUGGAUUCCUCCAAACAAUAUUACAUUGCCAUGGAUAUCGUCCCAGUGGAUUCAAAAAGAUACAGGUAUGUCUAUCACAGCUCUCAGUGGAUGGUUGCUGGGAAUACGGACCAUUCCUGUAUCAGUCCAAGGCUUUACAUUCACCCAGACUCACCCUGUUCUGGAGAGACCUGGAUGAGACAAAUCAUCAGCUUCGACAGAGUUAAACUGACAAACAAUGAGAUGGACGACAAAGGACAUAUUAUCUUGCAGUCAAUGCACAAAUACAAGCCACGUGUUCACGUCAUUGUCCAGAAUUCCAGAUUCGAUUUGUCUCAGAUUCAGUCCCUGCCAGAAGAAGGUGUUAAAACAUUUUCAUUCAAAGAAACGGAAUUCACUACAGUGACAGCGUACCAGAACCAGCAAAUUACCAAACUCAAGAUUGACAGAAACCCUUUUGCAAAGGGAUUUCGGGAUCCUGGGAGAAACAGAGGUGUGCUGGAUGGCCUUCUGGAGACCUACCCGUGGAGACCAUCUCUUCCUCUAGAUUUUAAGACCUUUGGGGCAGAAACACAUGUAGGAAGCACGGGCUCUUCCCCUAUCACAUCCAGUGGUGGAACGCCAUCGCCUCUCCUAUCUCCAUCCUGCUCCCCUACUUCAUUUCACUUACCAUCCAGCAACCUCGGAAUACAAUGCCCCGAGAACUAUCUGCACAAUCUCAACAUGCCGCUCUGUUACAAAAUCUGCCCCACCAACAUUCUCAGACCAAGGUCCUUUCUGCUUUCAAACCAUGAAAAACCUGUUGGACCGGGCGGUCAUAUUCUUUCUCCUCUCAUGGUCGACGUUCCUCUGCUUUCUUCAUUUGGUAUCUCGAAGUCCAACAAACUGGAAACUUAUAAGGGUCAUUGCACGCAAUCCCCGUCGUCCUCCAAUCCAAUGUUAUUUGGAUUACCGUCGUCUGGAAACAUUUUCCCAUCAAAUGCUAUAUCUCGGGAAUCCCUGAACUGUGGUUUACAUCCUCCCUACGGCUUUUAUGGCUACAAUCUUUCGGUGCCAUCUCACUUCAUGACUGCAGCGAGCCAUUUAAAAAUGGCGGACAGUUUUCCAUGUUCUUUAAGGGACGUCAGAUGCAAUAAUCCACAUUGGCAAUCUACAGUAAAUCACUGCCUGUAAUGGAAGGUUAUUAUAGACUGUUAUAACAUGUAAACAAUUAUUUAAAAGUAAAAUUCCGACCAUUUGAGUUGACUAAUAUUGGGUUAAUAAAUCCUGUUGUAUGAAUUUACAAGAGAUGUAAAAAAAAAAAUGUUAAAAGUAUUUUUUUUUAUAUAUGACGGGUUACAGGGCAAGCAAUAAAUACUCAUUAAGGUUAAUCCUUGAUAUUAGUAAUUUUGCAUUAAAUAUUGUGCAUGAUUAUUAGUAAAAGCAAUGCUUUUAUAAAUGGCAUCAUUGAAUGAGUCGUUGUAAAGUUAUAAUUAUUUCUGUAUAUUUCCCCCCUCCCUACCUUGGAUCUAAUCAUAUGUAAUAAUAUUAAAUAAAAUAAGAGAUUAUAUACAUUA